CCUCCUGCUCCUGAGAGGUUCGGCCAUGGUUCUGUCCGUCCAGGCUCUGGGGCUCGUCGUCCUCGCCGCUAUCCUCCUGCAGACCAUCGCAGUCGCCGUCAGCUUCAUGUACUUCAGCAGAGUCCUCAACACGAUGCAGGAGAACUUCUCCCAGAGCAGCGUGUCCUGCCUGAUCAACGUCAAGCUGCCGUCAGAGGUGGUUGAUUCUGCUGCUGAGGACAAAAACAGUGACCCGUGCUGGCAGGUCACUCAACAGCUCCACUACCUCAUAGAGAAGAAAAUUGCUGACAGUUUCCAGAAGGAGAUUUCCAGCGCUGUGUCAAAUAAGCUAACAGGUGUUCUGCCCGUCCUGCACCCGGGGAUCCCAGGCGUCCCUCUUCCUAAAGUCGGCGCACAUGUGACCGGCGUUGCCUCGUCACUCAAGCCACCAAUAGAAGAAAGCUCCAGGAGUACGACGGGGUACUUCGGCGAGCGCAUCAGAGCGUGGGAGGGCCAGAGGGGCCUGUCCUUUCUGCAGAACAUGGAGCUGAGGGGGGGCGAGCUGCUGGUGCCCAGAGCCGGGCUCUACUACAUUUACGCCCAGACGUACUUCAGACUGGCCUCCACAGGCGACCCCGAAACGGAGGAGGGAGCAGAGCUGGUGCAGUACAUCUACAAAAAGAUGAGUUCCUACAUGGGGCCCAUCUUACUGAUGAAAUCUUCUAGGAGUGCCUGCUGGCCCCAAGGUCAGGAGCCUGGCCUCUUCUCCUUACAUCAAGCUGGCACCGCCUUCCUGCAGCCGGCCGACCGCCUCUUCAUCACCGUCAGCAACGCCAGCGCCGUGGAGAUGGACGGCAGGGCCAGCUACUUCGGAGCUUUCCUGGUGAGCUAAAGCCGAGCCGGAGCUGGAACUGAAGCCAGGAUCAGGCGGAGCCAAAGGUCAGCAGCUGUCUGGAGCUACAGUACAGGAUCCUGAAGGCCGUUUUCAGACUGGGCGGAGCUACAGCUUUAGCCGGCUCAAAUGAGCGAGACGGAGCCUUUUACUUACUGGAAACCAGUACGGAUCUGUGGUCGCGGCUCGGCCGCACUUCUUGCUACUGAACUGGAAGCGAGCGUGGAUUUUGGAGGCACUUCCUGGAAGGGAAGAGGUGUGACAGUGGGGCUACACGAGACUAAAAGGGUGUUUUUCAAAGAGACACUGCCCACGUCAGGCACUUUAUUCCUGUUCACUUUGGUUGGAUUUCUUUUUCCUGGUGAAAAUACUUUAAACUUUUGAGAUGUUUUUCUGAAUCAGAGCACAUUUCUGUUAGAGACCCACUCCCAUGAAAAUAGUGUUUUUUUAACACAUUUUUCUUACGAUGGAAAAUAUACAUUUUAGCUUAAAAUUUCCUUAUUGAGUAUUUCUUUUUUCAAACUGCUAUAAUUGAGGAGCAGACGAAAAAAUGCCGAUUGAAAAAGAGCAUCUGUGUGAUGUCGAAAAUACGCUGGAGGCCAUGAACAGAAAUCUCUCAGCAAAGGCGAGGGGAAGGAGGGCGGGGUUGCUCUGCACCAGCGGUCCCGCCCACAACUUGGAGGAGAAUUUCUAAUGAACUCCUGCUGCUCUGCAGAAGCUACGUCCUGGAAAACAAGGCGGGUCCUUUGGUUUUGGCUAAAACGGCAUCCUCACCGGGAACGCUUUGCCAACAGAUGAAAAGAGGAUUAGUGGGUCUUUAAAGCCUGACUUCAAAUGUUUUACAGCAGUUUAUGUUCUUGACAAACCCUGUAAAGUUUGGAAAAACUUUCCACCCAACCAAAUCAGAAAGACACAAAGCUGAAAAAGUAAAAAACUAUCUUUUAAUUCAUGUUGUAUGACAUGUCUUUGUAAUAUGGCAGUGGAUGUCUCAUCGUUAAUCAGCACUCCUCAAACCUUUUGUCUCUGACAGAAACCCUGAAAGAGUCAGGGUUCAAUUAAUGCCCAAAAUAAAAUAUUGAAGCUUUCACACA